AUGGACACGGCGGAGGCGAUCGUCGCGCUCCUGGUGGUCCUCGUCAUCGCCGUGUCGCUGCUGUCCAACGUGCUGGUGCUGAUCUGCUUUCUGUACAACCCGGAGAUACGCAGGCAGGUGCCGGGCUUGUUCACCCUCAACCUGACCUUCUGCAACCUGUUGCUCACCGUGUCCAACAUGCCGCUCACUCUGGUGGGGCUCGUGAACAAGGGCCAGCCGGGCGGGGAGGGCUUCUGCCGCGUGGUCGGCUUCCUGGACACUUUCCUGACCACCAACUCCAUGCUGAGCAUGGCGGCGCUCAGCAUCGACAGGUGGAUCGCCGUGGUGUUCCCCCUGAGCUACCACUCCAAGAUGCGCCACAGGGACGCGGCCAUCGCGCUCGGCUACACGUGGGCGCACUCCAUGUCCUUCUCCACGGCGGCCGCGUGCUUCUCCUGGACGGGCUACCACCACCUGUACGCCUCGUGCACGCUGUGCAACGCCAGGGGCAACAGCAGCCGGACCCAGUUCGUGGUCUUCACCGUGCUGUUCCAUUGCCUCACCUUCCUGGUGUCCCUGGUGGUGCUGUGCGUCACCUACCUGAAAGUGCUCAAAGUGGCUCGCUUCCACUGCAAGAGGAUAGAAGUGAUCACCAUGCAGACUCUGGUGCUCCUGGUGGACAUUCACCCGAGUGUCCGGCAACAGUGCCUGGAGGAGCAGCGCCGUCGGAGGCAGAGAGCCACCAGGAAGAUAAGCACCUUCAUCGGUACCUUCGUUCUCUGCUUUGCGCCCUAUGUGAUAACGAGGAUCGUGGAGCUGUUCCCCGCAGUGCCUGUGAACCCUCACUGGGGGCUGCUUUCCAAGUGCUUGGCCUACAGCAAGGCGGCCUGCGACCCGUUCGCCUACUCGCUGCUGCGGAACCAGUACAGGAAGACAUGCGCCGACAUCGUGAACCGCAUGCUGAAGAGGAGCUCUCUGAACGCAUCGGGACCCAGGAUGGAGAACGAGAGGAACCAUGGCGCACAGAUGACGGAGUGA